AUGAAGAGCCAGUCGUGUUUAAGGCUACAGAAGUGGACAUCCGCUUCUCAUCUCGGACCUCCGAACAAGAUGCUGGGAAGCAAGUAGAAGCAGUAGAAGCGACUUCCGCUUUCGAAGAGGAGCAACAGCUCAACAUGGUUGCGCCAACCAAACCUGGUCGAUUCUUGUACCCUUUCUGCAGCGAUGAAGCUAGUAAGGAGCAGAAACCUGAUGUGUCGCCGAAGACGGCUUUCAGACUUGUAUUGGAAUCUCAUCUUUGCUGUCAAGCACGAAUGAGGAACCGGGACUUCGUGGCAGCGUUUGGAGUGUGCAAAAGCCAUAUACCGGCGUCAACCAGGAGUUCUUCGUUCAUUACAGUAAGACGAUUUACCGGUGAACCCCUUGCGACGCAUACGCCCAGCAUGCACAUUUACCCAGUUUUCACCAGAGAUCGGCGCACCAUUACCGGUCCCCUAACAAUCGAUGAAGAGAGGGCUUAUCCUCGGUUUGCAGCUGACAUUGUGAAGUUCUUGGUUGGGUCUCAGGAGAUCUCUCCUGCUACAAUUCAAAUUGAAUAUUUAGGUGCAGAUAAUCCAAAGAAGGUUGCCCGAUUCCUUCACGGAGAUGGUGGUCGUGGUGAAAAGCAGGGCGACAUGUUCCGCCUGCCAGACAAUCUUGCGGAGUUAUAUAGAUGGGACCACGCCAGCGGUAAAAUGAAAGUUCUAGAGCAAUACGAAACGUAUUUCCCCGAGGGCUCUAAAGCUUCGGAUCGCACCCUGGCUACCUUGGUGGUGAAAGAUUUUGCCGAUCCUGGGUUAUUCUUGGAUCCAAAGUCCGGAGAAAAAUCAAGCGUACUGGAGGUGAAAGUGUCUGACCUGCUAUCGAACAAAGCGAACGUGUUAGGCAAAGGCCUUCAUCAUGGCUUUCCGCGUUUUAUCCUACUGCAGCAAGGUGCUGGUGCUUCGGCUUCACACGGCGAUAACGAGGGCUCUCAGAACGCUGAAGAGCAGAUGGAGGACUGGUGUAAUCAGGAUUUGUUAAUGAAGACAGCGGCUGUGCGAGAAGGCUCUGCUGUCGCGUGCGCCUCUGCCGCUAAGCCAGUGCGUAAAAUUUUGAUCAGAAGUCAGCAAACGUCGAGCAACUUGCUUUGCGAUGUAGAUCUACCUUCCCUCCCGCUGAUUCUUCCGAGUAGAACCGUAGUGUCCCUGCUUCGCGAGUAUCUCUCCACUGCUUUUCAGCAGGAACGAAUGCUGCCAGAAGCGUCUAAAGAUCCACCUGAAGACCACGCAAAAACAGUUCCUUCUGAAGUCGAUUUUUUACUUCUAUACUUGCUUGCCUCUGCCAACGUGCCUGUUCACUAUCUUUUCGACAGUCGCGAAAUACAACAAAUGUCGAACCAGCAAGCCAAGCCAGCAACACCUGCACGACUCAGCGAAAUUCAAACGAACACUGUUCAAAAAAAUUUAGAUUCCGUCUUGCGAUAUUGGAGAGUUGCUAGCCAGUUCAAACCUGGCACGACGCUUACUGUUCCUGAACCUGAGCUGCCCGCUGAAGCCCAACCAACAGCAAGAGUAGUCGUUUUCCUGGCACUCCUCCCUGGCAUUCGGACGUUGUCCUUCCUUUCCCUGCUUUUAGAAUAUAUCGCGACGCAAACUGCUUUACCACAUGAAGUUGUCAUAUGGGAAGACACACUGUUGGGAAAAAGGAAGAUGGGACUGGGAGGUGUUGACUCGUCUUGCGUUAUCGAAUUUCGGAAGACGCAUCCUGUAGUAGCUUGUUACGCCCAGGAUUCAACAAGAGCAGUUGUUUUGCCGAUCGCGGAAAUCCACGGUUCACUGAAUAAUUUUUUCAAAAAGUACGUGCAUGAGGAAUUUGGAAUUUUCGUGCGUAUUCCGAGAAAGGUCGUCAAUAAGAGAGGUUGGCAGGGUACAGUUGGAGAGAUGCAAGGCGGUUUCAUACUGCGAACAGCGAAACGACAAGUUGUAGCCGAAGGGAAAAAUAAUGCAUCAAAACCAUCAAAGCUUCCAGCUUCCCUGAUUGCAGCUCGGACCCUUGAACCACAUCCAGAGACCAUCUUACACUUCUUUUCGUCCGAUAGGCUGUACAAUCAGAAUGCAAUCGAAAGCAGUACCAGAUGUCUUCGUGACACCUGCUAUCCUAAUUGCAAGUGGACCAGCUACUGUGGGCAGCCAGUUGAUUCCGAAGGAGAAGCAAUAGACUGGAGCAUAAGAAGCGGAGGUGUACGAUGAGAAGAGGGUGUCUGACCGCUAGUUUCAAAGUCGUGUAAAGUGGGGGUUUGAUUUGGAGCACUUGUUUUUGGAAUUAUUUAGAUUUGAUUCAUCUCAAGUGAAAUAUAUUUUUUGACCAUCUAAGGUUCACAAGUCUAUUUUUAGAUUUGAUGCCGCUGAGGCUCACUGUGAGAAAUUGAUUGAGAUUUUUUGGAUUUUUUUGAGCGAGUGGGGUUGUUCGAGAGCGGUGUAAAUUCUGUUAUUAAUUCAUGAACGCGCAGGGGCUUCAUGUUCCGUGACCUAAGGUAAGUGGGAGUAUCGUUGUCAUGGAUCUGAAUCAUGGAUACCAGAUCUAAAAAUUCAAAAUUAGAAUGAUCUGAGAAGUCCAGAGGACUGACAGGGGGUUUUGUUGGAAGGGUUGAUGUACGUAAACGAGGAG